AGCAGCCGCUGAGGUAACAGUCGGACCUUAAAACCCGGCAGUGGCUGUAGUGCAUGUCCACAAAGAAACAAGGCUGCUGAGCUCAUUUCGUUGCAUUUUGUGGGCGUGGGAGCUGGGCCUCUCUUGACCUGCCCGCUUCUCACUCAGGGAAAACUGCGACACUUGGUUAUAUUCAGAGAGGCUGAUACAAACGCUCUCUGAGGACACCUGCUGUCAGGACCAUGAGGCUCUCGUCUCAGCCGCCCUCCUUUGGGCUGAUAACCUGCUCUUUGGUGUUGAUAUUGCCGCUGUUUGGCUCCUGUCAUCCAGCACAGCUGUCAGGAAACCCCAGCCUGGAUUUCAUGGAGCAGCUGAGCCACUCAAGUGUCAGAUUCAACUGGAGAAAUGUCACCUGCUACGUCUGCAAAGCUGUCUUCACCAUUGUUGAUGUCGCCCUUCUGAGUGAUGCAAAUGAAGAGCGAGUGGCACGUGCAGUAGGUGAGGCGUGUAUCCGUCUCCAUCUGGCUGACGAGCAAGUCUGUCGGGAUAUAAUCGAGCUGUUCAGGGAUGACUUCAUAAGGGCCCUGCAGGAGUCGUUUCUGUGGCCCACUGAAGCGUGUGCUGUGCUGGUGGGCCCUUCCUGUGGCAAAUUUGAUGUGUAUGCACCUUGGAACAUCACUUUGCCAAAUGUUCCUAAGCCCCCCGUUAAACCACCCUCUCCUCCCAAACCGGGUUCUCCACAGAGCAGAGUCCUGUUUCUCACAGACGUCCACUGGGACAGGGAAUAUGACGUCGGCAGUGCUGCAGACUGCAAGGAACCUCUGUGUUGUCGUAACGAUUCAGGCUCUCCAAACUUGAGCAGGAGGAAGGCUGGGCACUGGGGAACUUAUGGAAAGUGUGACCUGCCUCUUUGGACAGUGGAGAACCUUCUGAAAAAUGCUGCCAAAGCUGGGCCAUGGGACUGGGUUUACUGGACUGGAGACAUACCAGCACACAAUGUGUGGUCACAGACCAGGGAGCAGCAGCUGUCAGAGCUAACUGUCAUCUCUAAACUCAUCCACAAACACCUGGGACCUAAUGUGACGGUUUACCCUGCUGUAGGAAACCACGAGAGCACACCAGUAAACAGCUUCCCUCCACCCUAUAUUCAUGGCAACAGAUCCUCUUCCUGGCUAUAUGACCAAAUGGCAGAGGAAUGGGCCCCGUGGUUGCCAGAUCAGGCAUUGAAGACAUUAAGAUAUGGAGGAUUCUACACAGUGCAGAUUCAGCCUGGUCUGAGACUGGUCUCUCUCAAUAUGAACUUUUGUGCACGAGAAAACUUUUGGCUGAUGGUGAACUCCACCGAUCCCGGGGAUCAGCUGCAGUGGCUCGUCCAUAUUCUCCAGGCCAGCGAGGACAAGGGAGAAAAAGUACAUAUCAUUGGUCACAUCCCACCUGGCCUUUGUCUUAGCAGCUGGAGCUGGAACUAUUAUCACAUUGUCAACAGGUAUGAAAGUACAAUCACUGGACAGUUUUUUGGCCAUACGCACCUGGAUGAGUUCCAGAUGUUUUAUGACGAGGAAACCAUGACCCGCCCGUUGGGGGUAGCGUUUAUUGCUCCCAGUGUCACUACCUACGUUCUCCUUAAUCCAGGAUACCGUGUCUACUAUGUCGAUGGGAACUACCAAGGAAGCUCUCGGCUGGUGCUCGACCAUGAAACGUACAUCCUGAACCUUACAGAGGCAAACCACAGUCCAGGGGCACCACAUAGUCCACAAAAGGAUCCUAAAUGGACACUACUGUACCGUGCCACUGAAGCUUAUGGUCUGUCUACUCUGUUCCCCUCCGAUUUUAAUCGGCUGAUUGGGACCUUUAUCAAUGACGAUCCUGUCUUCCAGAAGUUCUGGUAUUUGAGAUAUAAAGGGCACAUCUCAAAGCCGUGCAAAGAGGUCUGCAAGACCGGUAUACUGUGCUACCUGCGAAGUGGGCGUUAUGAUGACCUGAAGCAGUGCGACUACCUUAAUGGUUUUAAAGGAAGCUUAGCCAGAGCUGCCACAAAAACUCUCUGUUGACCCGAUGGAGUUUAGCCUGGAAAAGGCUGGGUGAGGGGGAAAAAAGCAAUAUGACUAAAUAUGAUACUGAGCCAAAAACAAAUCAUCCUCUGUUGCAGAUGGACGAGGAUUGUUUUUUUUGUUUUGUUUUUUUUCAUAGGUUUGAUUUCAUAAAGUCACUUGACCUAUUAUAAAUUAUGCUCACAGGUAUGUGGAACUUAGAAACCCAACUUGAGUAUUUGUUGUGCCUCAUCACUAAUAAUGUGUUUAAAUUCAUUUAGAUGAAUGUGGGAACACGCUAUGGAUGGUUGACUUUUUUUUUUUUUUUUCCAAUGUCAGUUGUGGAAAGGGUGGUUAAAAUUGUUCUGAAGCGCACACAGUAUUAGGCAUUACAAGGAAAGCAGUUCUUUUGAAACCAGUGCCUUUUCUUUUUUUGUUAAAUAUGAACUUAUCGAUUCUUGCAAUCUUAGAUCUUUUAAACCUCUGUCCCUCUGAAAUGUUAGUCAUCCAUUAAUUUUCUUCUAUUAUAUA